AAUGAGGCUCAGCUAGGCUUCUACUUGGGUUCACUUUCUCAUCUGUCUGCAUGUCCCGGGAUUGACCCUCGCUCCUCUGAAGACCAGCCUGAAAGCCUUAAAACUGGUCUGAUGGAUGAGUCUGAUGAGGACUUUAAAGAACUCUGCGCUAGCUUUUUCCAAAGGGUGAAAAAACAUGGAAUCAAGGAACUGUCAGGAGAAAGGAAGACACAAAACGCCUCCUCAAACGGCACUCAGGUAAGACGCAAAUUGAAAAGGACCAAACAAACUGCUACCAAGACCAAAACCCUUCAAGGCCCUGCAGAGAAGAAACCUCCAUCUGGCAGCCAGGCCCCUAGGACUAAAAAGCAAGGGGUAACCAAAUGGCAAACAAGUGAACCGGCCCUCUCUGUGAAUGGGGAGGCGGGUGUGCUCGCCUCUGCUCCAGAUCAGCCUGUGCUCUGGGAAACAGCACAAAACACCCAGACGGGUAACCGGCAAGAACCAUCGCCAGACCUUUCCAGAGAGGAAACCAGAGUGUUUGGGCUUGGGCCCCCUGCCCCAGAGAGCGACGCUGCGGUGGCCUUGACCCUGCAGCAGGAGUUUGCACGGGUAGGAGCAUCGGCACAUGAUGAUAGCCUGGAGGAAAAAGGGUUGUUCUUCUGCCAGAUUUGUCAAAAGAACCUCUCAGCCAUGAACGUGACCCGAAGGGAACAGCAUGUAAACAGGUGCCUGGAUGAAGCCGAAAAGGCACUAAGACCUUCCGUGCCUCAGAUCCCUGAGUGCCCGAUUUGUGGGAAACCGUUUCUGACCUUAAAGAGCAGAGCCAGCCACUUGAAGCAGUGUGCUGUGAAGAUGGAGGUUGGCCCCCAGCUCCUGCUGCAGGCCGUCCGGCUGCAGACAGCACAGCCUGAGGGGAGCAGCAGCCUGCCAGUGUCCAGUAACUUUUCUUUUUGUCUGUCUUCUCGCUUCAGUGAUCACGGUGGAGGUCUGAAACGGAGAGGACCCGCCAGCAAGAAGGAGCCACGGAAGAGGCGGAAGGUGGAUGAGGCACCGUCCGAGGACCUGCUGGUGGCCAUGGCUCUGUCCCGGUCGGAGAUGGAGCCGUGUGCGGCUGUGCCAGCGCUCAGGCUGGAAAGUGCCUUUUCUGAGAGGAUAAAACCAGAAGCAGAGAAGAAAAGUCGCAAGAAGAAACCCCCAGUGUCUCCCCCAUUGUUGUUAGUCCAGGACUCUGAAACCACAGGCCGACAGAUAGAGGACCGUGUGGCCCUGCUCCUCUCUGAGGAAGUGGAAUUGUCUAGCACGCCACCACUUCCUGCCAGCAGGAUUUUAAAGGAAGGGUGGGAAAGAGCGGGCCAGUGUCCUCCUCCACCUGAAUGCAAGCAGAGCUUUCUGUGGGAGGGCAGUGCACUGACUGGGGCCUGGGCCACGGAGGCCUUCUACACGGCCAGGCUGGUCCCUCCCCUCGUGCCGCAGCAGCCUGCCCAGUCAGGGUUGGACGUGGUGCCCGGCGGCCUUCCUCUGACUGGGUUUGUGGUGCCAUCGCAGGACAAGCACCCGGAAAGGGGCGGCCGCACCUCGCUCUCCCUUGGGCUGCUGGUUGCUGACUUUGGUGCCAUGGUCAAUAACCCACACCUGAGUGAUGUCCAGUUCCAGACAGACAGCGGGGAGGUGCUUUACGCCCACAAGUUCGUGCUUUAUGCCCGAUGCCCGCUCCUCAUCCAGUAUGUGAACAACGAAGGCUUCUCCGCUGUAGAGGACGGGAUUCUGACCCAGCGUGUCCUGCUGGGUGACGUGAGCACUGAGGCCGCCUGCGCAUUCCUGCACUACCUCUACACCGCGGACACUGGCCUUCCUCCUGGCCUGAGCUCUGAGCUGAGUUCCCUGGCCCACAGGUUUGGUGUGAGCGAGCUUGUUCACCUGUGCGAACAGGUGCCUGUCACCACGGACUCAGGGGGCAAACCAUGGGAGGAGAAGGAAGCCGAGAAUUGCGAAAGCAGGGCCGAGAAUUUCCAGGAACUCUUGAGGUCAAUGUGGGCAGAUGAAGAGGAGGAAGCGGAGACUUUGUUGAAAUCCAAGGACCACGAAGAAGAUCAAGAAAACGUGAAUGAAGCAGAAAUGGAAGAAAUUUAUGAAUUCGCAGCUACUCAGCGAAAGCUGCUCCAGGAAGAAAAAGCAGUGGGAGCUGGCGAGGAUGCUGACUGGCUGGAGGGUGGCAGUCCGGUCUCUGGGCAGCUCCUAGCAAGUGUCCAGGUGCAGGAACCGUCGGACAAGGUGGAGGAGAUGGAGCCGUCGGAGCCAGGAAGAGAUGAGGCCACCACCACCUGGGAGAAGGUGGGACAGUGCCCUCUCCCACCACCCCAGGGCCAGCGCUCAGGGGCAUGGGGAGCAGAGGCCCCCGAGCAGGAGGCGCUUGGCCGUUCCAGUUGCUCCAGCCCUUCCAGGGGCUGCCGCGCAGAGAGAAAAGAAGACCCCCUUCUGCACUCGGAUGAUGCCGGUGAUUACGAACAGCUCUUCUCAUCAACUCAGGGAGAGAUCUCAGAGCCGUCCCAAGUAACAAGUGAGCCUGAGGAACGAAGUGGCACUGUCAGGGAAAGGGGGCUGGAGGUUUCUCAUCGCCUGGCUCCCUGGCAGGUGUCUCCACCACACCCGUGCCGCUUCCUACUGGGGCCUCCCCAGGGCGGGAGUCCCCCCGGGUCUCAUCAGCCUCAUUGCACAAGCGGGUUGCCCCUGUCGACACCCCGGUCCCGUGGCGGAACUUCCCAGGUGGGCUCCCCAACCUCGCUGUCUCCAACUGUGCCAUCAAAGCAGAAAAGGGACAGGAGCAUCCUCACGCUGUCUAAAGAGCCAGGCCACCAGAAAGGCACAGAGCGUCGGUCCAUGCUGGAGUGCAGAAAUAAGGGGGUCCUGAUGUCCCCAGAAAAAUCUCUGUCCAUUGACUUAACCCAGUCAAAUCCUGACCAUUUGAGCUCCACAUCUCAGAAAUCUCCAUCCAAAGUGAACAAAGACGACGAGGUCAUCCUCUUACUGGACUCGGAUGAGGAGCUAGAGCUAGAACAAACCAAAAUGAAGUCCAUUUCUAGUGAUCCUCUGGAAGAAAGGAAAGCUCUAGAAAUUAGCCCUAGGUCCUGUGAGCUGUUUUCCGUCAUUGACGUCGAUGCAGAUCAGGAACGUUCCCACAGCCCACCAAGAAGGGAAGCUGCGCUGCAGCGGGAGGAUGCGGGGGCACUGCCGGAGAAUCGGGGCUCUUUGGGCAGCAGAGGGGCUCCUUGGCUGUUCUGCGACCGUGAGAGCAGCCCCGGCGAGGGCAGCACCACAGACACCUCAUGGCUGGUGCCCGCCACCCCGCUGGCCAGCAGAAGCCGCGACUGUUCUUCCCAGACCCAAAUCAGCAGCCUCAGGAGCGGGCUGGCCGUGGAGGCGGUGACACAGCACACGCCCAGGGCCUCGGUAGGAAACAGGGAAGGGAACGAGGCUGCACAGAAGUUUCCCGUCAUCAGGCCCCAGACACCACCGCCCCAGACACCGUCCUCCUGCCUCACUCCCGUCUCUCCAGGAACUUCUGACGGCAGAAGGCAAGGCCACAAAAGCCCUUCCCGUCCCCACCCUGGGGGCCACCCGCACUCCUCUCCGCUGGCUCCACGUCCCAUCUCAGGGGACUGUGCCCACUUCAGCAGGCGGUUCCUGAAACACUCGCCACCUGGGCCAAGCUUCCUGAACCAGACCACAGCGAGUGAAGUGGUGGAAGUCGGGGACAGUGACGAUGAGCAGGAGGUGGCCUCCCAUCAGGCCAACAGCAGCCCCCCGCUGGACAGUGACCCUCCAAUUCCAGUUGACGACUGCUGCUGGCACAUGGAGCCCCUCUCGCCAAUUCCCAUUGAUCACUGGAACCUGGAGCAGACCGGCCCCCUGAGCACCAGCAGCCCCAGCCGCAGGAUGAAGGAGGCCGCCGACAGCUGUGACUGCCGCUCCCCGGGACCCCUGGACACCACCCCCAUCCGAGGAAGCUGCACUGCCCGGAGGAAAUCGCAAGUGGGCGCGGGUUCCCCGGGGAACAGCAGGCUGAGCUUUCUGAAUUCGGCUCUGUGGGACGAUUGGGACGGGGAAGAGCAGAGGCCUCCAGAGACCCCUCCUCUAGCGCAGAUGCUAAGCGUCGGUGGAGCUCAGAAGCCGGAAGGGUUAGAGACACCCAAAGGUGUACAUCGGAAGAAGGACUUGCCUCCCAAAGUGCCCAUAACGCCGAUGCCACAGUAUUCCAUUAUGGAGACGCCGGUGCUGAAGAAGGAACUGGAUAGGUUUGGAGUCCGCCCUCUGCCUAAACGCCAGAUGGUUCUGAAGCUGAAGGAGAUAUUCCAGUACACUCACCAGACCGUGGACUCAGACUCUGAGGAUGAGAGCCAGUCCUCACAGCCGCUACUGCAGGCGCCUCACUGCCAGACCCUCGCCUCCCAGACCUACAAGCCUUCAAGGGCAGGGGCCCAUGCCCAGCAGGAGGCCACCACAGGACCCGGGGCCCAUAGGCCCAAGGGACCUGCUAAGACCAAGGGCCCCCAACAUCAAAGGAAUCAUCAUGAAAGCAUCGCACCCGCACCCCCAAGCAGGUCGCCCACCAAGGAGGCACCUCCAGGCCUUGAUGAUGAUGCCCAGCUCCCAGCCUCCCAGGAAUCCGUGGCCACUUCUGUGGACGGCAGUGACAGCUCCUUGAGCUCACAGAGUUCUUCCUCCUGUGAGUUUGGAGCGGCAUUUGAGUCUGCAGGUGAAGAGGAGGAGGGUGAGGAGGAGGUCAGCGCCUCGCAGGCAGCCGUGCAGGCGGCGGACACGGACGAGGCGCUGAGAUGCUACAUCCGCUCCAAGCCGGCCCUGUACCAGAAGGUGCUGCUGUACCAGCCCUUUGAGCUGGGAGAGCUGCAGGCAGAGCUGAAGCAGAACGGCCUCCGUGUAUCCUCGCGCAGGCUACUGGACUUCCUGGACACCCAUUGUAUCACCUUCACCACCGCCGCUGCCCGCAGGGAGAAGCUCCAGGGCAGGAGGCGGUGGCCUCGGAGCAAGAAGAAGGCGGCGCGGAACUGACGGGGCGUCCCGACCCCACCCCACCCCGCCAUCAGCAGCCCCCACCCCCACCAUUUGCAGGGAGGACCUGGGACACCCGGUGUGGGUCAGGCCUCCACAGGCAUUUCUGGGCCUGGGGACCACAUCAGCUCUGCACUGUGAUGAUGACCACAGCCCAGUCCGAGGCUUCCUCCUCUGGGCUCUGCUUUCGAGGUGGCAUUUGGAGCAUGUCACCCACUGGAUUUAGAGACUCCAGCCCCUUCCUCUGUCCAUGCCCACAGUGUGUCUCCCUUUUUGUUUUUUGGUUUUUUUUUUGAGACAGUCUCGCUCUGUCACCCAGGCUGCAGUGCAGUGGCGCAAUCUCAGCUCCCUGCAACCUCCGCCUCCCGCGUUCAAGCGAUUCUCCUGCCUCAGCCUCCCAGGUAGCUGGGACUACAGGCACACACUGCCACGCCCAGCUAAUUUUUUAUAUUUUAGUAGAAAUGGGGUUUCCCCAUGUUGCCCAGGCUGGUCACUAACUCCGGAGCUCAGGCAGUCUGCCUGCCGUGGCCUCCCAAAGUGCUGAGAUUACAGGCAUGAGCCACCACACCCAGCCCAGUGUGUCUCCCUUUAACCCAGUAGGGCCCUCAGGUGUCCCAGGGGGCAGUGGGUCAUCACCAGCUGGCCAGGGCAUGGCCUAUUCUGCCACAUUUGCCACCCUCUGAGCCCACCAGUCCUGGGCACAGCUGCCCCACACGUCUGUUCUGAGAUGGACAUCAGGUCCAGCCUGCCCCAGCAGCCUGGGCCCGUCCUCCUUAGCAUUCAGGCCAACCCCAGCCACCACCAGCCUGAGACCAGGUGUCCUCAGACUCCCUGCACUGCCACAGCCCAGGUGCAGCUCUCCUGGCCAGCCGUGCUACCCGGACACUUGUCAUUGUUACCAGCAGUCUCCCAACUGGACAGUGCACAAGGGCCCAGAACAACUCUGAUGCCCGCAAAACAAACAUGUUCACUAGCGGGUUCCACUCUUUGGGUUAAAGCUGCCUCCAGCCUCAGGAGCAGUGUGGAGGAAGAUGAGGGCCAGGAAAGAAGGAAACCUCGGUCUCUCCAUCCCUGUGAAUGUCCUCGUCUGUUUCAAAUACGGUGCAGUCAGUUUUAUAUGAUGUGCAAUAAACCAAAAAGGCUUUAUUAAAA